UGGAAGUUGUAAACCUGUGAACGCGAUAGAUGAUGCGGAAAAAAAUAUCCAAGAAUUCGUCCAAAUCAUCAGCAAAUAGGAAUUUCCACUGAAUGAAAUGCUAAAAACGUGGGACCACAUUUGGAUUUUUCCCAUCAAGGAAGCCUAUGAUUUUUUUGUGUUUCCAUGCACAUAUAAAAUGUGAGAAGCCACAAUAAGGGAGACAUGAUUUUAACAUCGGGAAUUGUAACACAUCGUCAGGAAUUGCAACGAAGCAGAAGUAAUAAGAUUCUGUUUCUUUAAAGAAGGAAAACAGCAAAACUACAGAGAAUACAGCAUUUGGGUUAAUAAACAAAGGAAAGUGGUGUAAAACACAGCGACACAGAUGGACGAUACCUUACUUGCCUUGCGAUUACUCCAAUAACAAUUCUGCUCGAGGGUAAAAGUUCAAAAGGACAAAGCUUGCUGCAUGUAGAUACAAAAUUUUGAUACAGAAAGUUAGGUUUUUGGAAGCAUUUGGUUCAAAUUUUGUAGCAGAUGGGCAAGCAUCACUUAAAUUGAACCUUCCACCACCCUCUGAUCAGACAAUGCUGGCCAAGCCUUUGGAAAAACUUGAAGCACAACUUGCCAAAGCAGCACGGUCGGCCAUAGCAUCAUGUCCCAGAGAGAGGUGACCCUGCUGGACCUCAACCGAACAUGGAGCACCGAUGCAACCUUUAUUCAGUCCGGCGAGCGACUCCGUUGGGCUGCAUUGCUUAUCCUUCUGGUCAUUAUCCCAACAAUUGGUGGAAACAUCCUGGUCAUUCUUGCAGUAUCAUUGGAAAGAAAACUCCAAAAUGCCACAAACUUUUUCCUGAUGUCAUUGGCCGUGGCAGAUCUACUGGUGGGUGUGUUAGUCAUGCCCAUUGCUCUGGUGGCUGUACUUUUUCACUCCAGGUGGCCUCUUCCAGAUUUUCUGUGCCCUAUCUGGCUGUUUCUGGAUGUCUUGUUCUCAACGGCCUCCAUUAUGCACUUGUGUGCAAUCUCCCUUGACCGCUACAUAGCUAUCAAGAAACCCAUCCACCACAGUCAGUUCAAGUCUAGAGCCAAAGCACUGGCUAAAAUUGCAUUUGUCUGGCUGAUCUCUAUAGGUAUUGCAAUUCCCAUUCCAAUUAAAGGGCUGCAGGUCUCCAAUUAUCCAAACAUCACCUUCAACACCAACCACACCUGUUUGUUGUCCCCAGAGGGUUUUGGGGAUUUCAAGGUGUUUGGCUCACUGACGGCUUUCUUUAUACCUCUUGCAAUCAUGAUGAUUAUUAACCUGUUGACAAUCCAAGUACUGCGCAAGAAGGCCUAUCUUCUAAGAUCAAGAGCUACAAGGAGUACCAUUUCCACUGUCGUACAACAGGAACCAUCGGUUCCUUCUCCAUCUGAGAAAUUAUUUAUUCUAGAGGGAAAUAAAAACAAUAGAAUACAGAGCUCCGUUAACUCUGACAACCCCAUCACAAGUAAUGAUGUCCCUUUUCGCAGGAUGUCCACUAUAGGAAAGAGAUCAAUGCAAAACCUGAGCAAUGAACAAAGGGCCUCAAAGGUCUUAGGGAUUGUAUUCAUGUUGUUUGUUGUAAUGUGGUGUCCUUUCUUUAUUACUAAUGUGACGUCUGUACUCUGUAAAGGGUGCAAUAGCAAUCUAGUGGAACAGUUGUUGGACAUCUUUCAAUGGGUGGGUUAUGUUUCAUCAGGCAUCAAUCCACUGGUCUACACCUUGUUUAACAGGACUUUCCGGCAGGCCUUUACACGUUACAUAAUGUGUAACUACGGCCGUACGAAGACUCUAAAAAUGCACCGAAGAACCAGAAUUUAUUUUCGGUCGUCUGUGGCAGAAAACUCAAAGCGGUUUAUGAAACACGGCAUGAAGAAUGGCAUCAGCCCUGUGAGUUAUCAGACUCCUCUUCCCUGUCGCCCAGCCCAUGUUCAGACUUCUGCAAACAUCACGUUGGACAUGUUGCUCCUGACACAGAAUGAAGGCUGCAAACCUGACGAAAACGUAAGCUGUGUGUAACACAGUUGGUUGAAUCAGGAGUCAGUGAACCGCAAGCACAUGUGCCUUUUUAAUUGAUCAUCAGGGUCGAAAACCUGGAAAGGAGUUCAACAGAGCUGGACAUGGGUCUCCACUGAAGCAAUUAUAAAACUUCUUAAGCCUCAAGUGGGGCUAAAGAAAAGCACACAAGGAUGACAUCCAAGCUUUCGGGUGUGAAAAGGCAGCCUGUGAAAACACAUCUGAACUUAUGGGUAAAAAUGGUGGUUGACAGGGUGUGCAAUGUGAAGCCAAAAUAAGACAUUAGCAAGAUAAGAAAAAAAAUCUAAAUUAAAGCAGUUUUGUAUUUUUAUAGAGCAUCUGAUAUUGAAAUAAAAGAGCUUCUUUAUAUGUACAAAAUAAUUAUCUAGAUGUAUGCUGUUUUGAAGAUGCUUUCCAAAU